AUCGAUAUAAAUUUCAAUUUUACACUUGAUUUUUUUUUGUAUUAUAAUGAAUUUUGAUAAUAUUAACGUCCCGCAAAAACUGAUACCCGAAAACUAUUGGCGGCUGGGACUGGCGGCGCAGCGCCCCAAGAAGCGUGGAUUUAAAGAACUCCUGGAAAAGCGAAAAUUGCCAGUAAAUGGGUGGCCUGAUGAGCAUAUUGAGGAGCUGGUGCAUCAAAUAGCGUCAUUGGAUAGCAACAACUUUCCACACAAAGUGGGAUUGGGCGAGCGGGAGGCGCGCAUCGCCUGUCGACUUGUGUCCCGACGCCACUACAACUUUGGACAUGGCAUAGGACGCUCUGGAGAUCUGCUGGAGGCUCAGCCCAAGGCAGCUGGCUCUACCCUGAUCGCACACCUCACGAAUGCACUGAUCUUGGACCUAAUAAAGGGGCUAGGCCUGCCCAGCUGCCGAGGUUGUUUCCUGGUACCCAUGUGCACCGGCAUGACCAUCACACUGUGCCUGCAGAGUCUGCGCAAGCAGCGUCCACUCGCCAAGUAUGUCCUAUGGUCACGCAUCGACCAAAAGUCGUGCUUUAAAGCUAUUACGGCCGCAGGUCUGGAGCCCGUGAUAGUCCCCUGUCUGGUCCAGCAUCAAGCUCUAAGCACCGACGUGAAUGCCUUCGAACAGCAGGUUGAGGCUCUGGGGGCAGAAACCAUCCUAUGUUUGUACACGACAACCAGCUGUUUUGCCCCACGAAAUAGCGACAACAUCGUUGACAUUGCCCAGCUGGCCAAGCGCUUCGAUCUGCCCCAUCUCGUGAAUAAUGCGUAUGGGCUGCAGAUCGGCGAGAUUUCCAGACAGUUGGAGCGGGCGCAGCGCUUGGGACGCGUUGACUACUUUGUGCAGAGCAGCGACAAGAAUUUGCUGGUACCCGUGGGUGGAGCCAUUGUGGCCAGCUUCGACCAGAGUCUCUUAAGCCUGGUGGGCAGUAGUUAUGCGGGUAGAGCGAGUGGCUCCCAAACGUUGGAUGUAUUCAUGACGCUGCUGUCACUGGGUCGUAGCGGCUACCACUCAAUGCUCGAGAAACGAGUGGAUAACUUUAAUUAUCUGAAGGAACAGCUCAUGGAAUUUGCACAAAGCAAUGGCGAACUGGUUAUCGAGAGCAGGGACAAUUUCAUAUCGUUGGCCAUUACGUUGGGAACUCUCUGGGCCGCCACGGGUCAAGGGUCAAGUAUUACGCAACUGGGAGCCAUGCUGCAUAUGCGCGGAGUCUCUGGGGUACGCGUAGUGGUCCCCGGUCAGAGCAAAGUCAUUGAUGGCCAUACAUUCCCAGAUUUUGGGUCCCAUCAGAUGAAGCUGGAGCUGCCCUACCUCACUGUGGCGGCUGCCAUUGGCAUCAGUCGAGAGGAGAUUGACAAGUUCUUCAAGAUCUUUAAGAAAUGCUGGACGAAAUUGAGCCAGUCGCUCAGCGAAAAUAAAACCAAACAAUAAUCUAGAUAAGCAAAUUA